CUCUUAUUAUCCUACUCCUUCGACGAUCGACUAGGCUUGGUCGCGCUUCUUGCAGUGGAUGAACUGUCGCUCUACGGGGCCAGCAAAUAAAGUACAAAUUGCGAAGCUAGUCGAUGGCACCUUUGUACACAUCAGCGUCCCUGUUUGGGUAAGAGUACGUCCACACGAUGGGACAGGGUUACUCCCUCACGACCCUGUCCGCAGGGUCGGCGGGGAUCGACGUGCCAGAGCUAUCAGAUCUUGUCUAUGAGAAGUCUCUGGGAUCGGCAAGGUUCAUGAAAAGUAUCAGGGCCAGGCAGCAGAAUGGCUUGGUCUUCAUAAAAGUGAUCAUGAAACCUUAUCCUAGCAUGAAGUUGGAUCCCUAUAUCAAAGCUAUCACUCGGGAACGUAAAGUACUGGCGGAUGUGCCAAAUGCGCUGGGCUAUCAGCGGGUCCUAGAGACGAGUACGUGUGGUUAUUUGGGGCGCCAGUAUAUCCAUAGCUCUCUCUAUGACCGGAUGAGCACACGUCCGUUCUUAGAGGAUAUUGAGAAGAAAUGGAUAGCGUUUCAACUUCUAUGUGCGCUACGCGAUUGUCACGCGCAAGACGUUUUCCAUGGAGACAUCAAGACUGAGAAUGUCCUCGUCACCUCAUGGAACUGGCUCUAUCUAUCAGAUUUUUCGUCAUCGUUCAAGCCCACAUUCCUUCCUGAGGAUAAUCCAGCAGAUUUCUCUUUCUAUUUCGACACUUCAGGACGACGCACGUGUUAUCUCGCCCCGGAGAGAUUCCUCGUUGCCGGCGAGGAUCCUGGAAGCAGAAGCGUGAACUGGGCUAUGGACAUAUUCAGUGCCGGAUGCGUCAUUGCUGAACUCUUCCUCGAAGCUCCGAUUUUCACCCUCAGCCAGAUGUAUAAGUACCGCAAGGGAGAAUACAGCCCUGAACAUAAUCACCUGAUUAAGAUCGAAGACCCGGAUAUAAGGGAACUGAUAUUGCACAUGAUACAGAUCGAGCCUGAAUCGAGGUACUCUGCAGACGAGUAUCUCAACUUCUGGAGGCACAAAGCUUUCCCGGGGUACUUUUAUAGCUUCCUGCACCAAUACAUGUCCUUAAUGACCGACUCUUCAUCAGGUCGAGGACAGAUCGAUGCCGAUACGGGAAAUAUGAAUGAAGCUGAUGAAAGAAUUGAGCGAAUAUAUUUGGAUUUUGACAAGAUAUCCUACUUUCUGGGCUCAGCCUCGAAAAAUACUAGGGACGGCUCGAAGCUCACUACUCCUAAACUUACCAGUCAUACUUUGCCUGUCCAUGUCGAUCUUCCUAAUUACCAACAUCAACCUUCGAGUUCACAGCCACAUUCAGACGACGGGUCUCUGAUUUUCCUUAAUCUGGUGGUGUCUAAUUUGCGAAAUACCGUCAAGGCCUCUGCGCGAGUCAAGGCUUGCGAUAUAUUACUGGCCUUCGCCGAAAGAGUCACGGAUGAAGCUAAACUAGACCGGAUAUUGCCCUAUGUCAUGAUCCUUCUCAAUGAUAAGUCGGACAUAGUAAAGGUCUCUGCAAUACGAACCUUGGCACAGCUCUUGUCCACGGUACAAAUCUUGUCUCCCAUUAAUGCUUACCUCUUUCCCGAGUAUAUUUUUCCCAGGCUGCAGCCGUUUAUUCCCACGACUACUUCAAGCCCCAGCCCGAUGGUGCGUGCGGCAUAUGCAUCAUGCAUCGCAUCGCUGGCCCAGUCGUCUCUCAGGUUUUUGGACAUGAUACAGGCAUUACGUUCUGACGCACGUCUGCCCUCCUUGAUCCCGUCUGGUUCAGAAGCAGGUUGGACAGAAGAUGUCACUUAUCACAACCUCUAUGACGUCGCGAGGAUUGAUCUCCUGGACUACUUCGAGGUGCAUACAAAGGCACUCUUGACUGACACUGAUGUGUCCGUCCGACGGGCGUUCCUCGGUUCCGUCUCCAGUCUUUGCGUCUUCUUCGGGAAUUCAAAGACCAACGAGGUAAUUCUCAGUCACUUAAAUACCUAUCUGAACGACAAAGAUUGGAUCUUGAAAUGCGCCUUUUUCGAAGCUGUUGUAGGUGUCGCAUCAUAUGUUGGCAGUACAAGUCUAGAAGAAUACAUCCUGCCUCUGAUGGUGCAAUCAAUGACCGAUUCUGAGGAAUUCGUUGUGGAAAGGGUGCUUCGCUCUCUUGCGAAUAUGGCGAAACUCGGCCUUUUCCAACGUUCGACUACGUGGGAUCUUCUUCAGAUUGCAGUCCGUUUCUUCGUCCACCCCAGUAUCUGGAUUCGCGAAGCGGCAGUACACUUCGUUGUCUCUUCCUCAGAAUUUCUUUCGUUGGCAGACAAAUAUUGCAUUCUAACCCCUCUUAUCCGACCGUACCUCAAGACCAACGUCUCGGAUAUCUCAGAGCUUGAAAUACUCGACGCCUUGAAACGGCCGUUGCCCAAGAAUAUAUACGAUAUGGCAUUAGUCUGGGCAGCGAAAGCAGAAAAGGGUGUAUUCUGGGUAUCAGGAACUCGCGACAGCACGUUCAAUUUAACUGGCGCCGAUGGUCAGGUUCCUAGGACUCACAAGAAUCGGGCUUCAUUGAGCGGACACCCGAAGAAUGAAGAGGACGAGCAGUGGUUGUCACGCCUGCGAAGUUUGGGCAUGGCCCAAGAGGAUGAACAGAAACUGCUCGCUCUCAAAGAAUAUAUCUGGAGAGUCGCUAUGAGGCGUACAAAGGAGGCAGACACUGGAGCCCCCUCAUUUCUGGGGAAUAUUAUACCACUGACGCAGCAUGAAGUCACGCCACAGACGGUAUUUUUCGAUAAGAAUCAGAAUUUUAAACAGCGCCGAGCUUCUUCUGCAAAGUCAGAGACGGUGAGCAAUAUCGACCAAAAGUCUCACACAAUUGCGGAUGCCCUGCUAGACGCUUCGACGACGAUUGAGACUGGCCCAGCUGCUCGUCGAAAACAUAUGCGUUCCAGGAGCCAGCGACAACGAGAGAACGGAAUUAACACCGCGAUCGCUCGUCAGAACACUCUGGGGGUUCUCAGAACCGAUUCACAAGCCGCUUCCCCGAUAUCCUCGUCACCAGGGGCUCCAGAGUCUCAGAACUCGUCCGCUCCCAGCUCCGAUAUUGACCGGAAGACUCUGAAUGGCAAGGAAACAGUUUCCAAGGUCGCUGAGCCUGGAAGCCCGGCGACACCAGCCGACGCAGAGAAUUCGAGCUUGCGCAGUUUAGGAACAGACAUUCGAAGAAAACCAAGCGCUAUAAAUCUACUCAAUCGCAAAGACAACGCAAAGUCCUACGCAGAAACGAGUAUGACGUCAGAAAAUGCGUUCGGAGAGGUCGAUGUGUUAUCUCAGAAGCAGACACCGCCUCGCUCUGCUCUCUCGAUGGCACGCGAAACAACCAUUUCAGAUCCUGCUCCUCAGAAGUAUCGUGCCAAUCAUUCUUACGGCGGCAAUGAUCCAAUGGUUCUACGACUUCUGGACUCAGUCUUCGCAGAGAACUAUCCUACGGAUCUAUUUGAUCUCGGUCCAUUUGUGAAGGAAGUUGAUUCGCGCCGGCCCAUCAAGAAGGUCACGGGACAAGAUCUCGACAAGCCGUGGAAACCGGAAGGCAACCUGGUUGCUAUGUUUGGCGAGCACGCCGGGCCUGUUAACCGGAUAGCAGUCGCACCGGAUCAUGCCUUCUUUGUCACGGCUUCCGACGACAGCACUGUGAAAGUGUGGGAUACAACCAGACUCGAGAAGAACUUGACGCCAAGGUCGCGUCAAACUCACCAUCAUGCCUCUGGAGCGAAGGUCAAAUGCGUGACGUUUGUGGAGAACACUUAUACCUUCGUAAGCGGGGCGACUGAUGGCAGCAUCCAUGCUGUUAAGAUCGACUAUCACAAUGCCAAUGAGACUGUAAGGUAUGGCAAACCGCAGCUUGUUCGAAAGUAUCAACUACCCACGGCAGCCGAUGGCACGGUUGAAUAUGCUACGUGGCUGGAACACUUCCGCUCUGAAGCGCAAUCUACUCUUCUAAUCGCCACGAACACUUGUCGCAUUCUGGCCCUGGAUAUGAAGACUAUGUUGCCGAUGUACUCACUUCAGAACCCCAUCCACCAUGGCACUCCUACGACAUUCUGUUGCGAUCGGAAGCAUACCUGGUUGGUUGUGGGUACAACUCACGGUAUUCUCGACCUUUGGGACCUGCGGUUCCGAGUACGCCUGAAGGCCUGGGGUCUGCCAGGAGGGACAGCUAUCCAGAGAUUACAGGUGCAUCCAACAAAAGGACGGAGUCGUUGGGUCUGCGUGGCAGGAGGGAGCAGACACGGCAGUGAGAUUACAGUCUGGGAUGUUGAGAAGGUGCAGUGCCGCGAGGUAUAUCGAGCUGCAUUUCCAACCCUUGGCGGCACCAACGGCACUGCCGCCAAUGGCAACCAACAGAAUUUGCGAAAUGCUCACGUUCAUAAUUUCAUCAACUCGAGCUGGAAAGACUACGAAGCCUGGCGCGUUGACGAGGACCGGCCUGAGGGUAUGCUCAGUCGAUUUGCUAGCGCAACUCCCUCUGCGGCUGGAAUCGAACCGAAUCCCUCCCCCGUUGUUGGAGGCCCAGGAUCAUCACUAGCCGGCAUAAAUCCGAGUGGCGUUGACCGCAAUGCGAUCAGUGCCUUUGCGGUAGGGUUCGAUGUGCCAGAUGAUGGCAAAGAGAGUACAAAAUGUGGCUUCAUAAUUUCGGCAGGAUCAGACCGCAAAAUUCGCUUCUGGGACCUUGCCCGGACUGAACUGUCUAAGAUCGUCAGCGGACUUGACACAAGCUCGGACGGCGUAACGGCUGGAAAGCCUCGCUACGAGACCGUGCAAGCAAGUACCCAACUAGUCGUGACUACGGAAUACCUUCCCAGUGUCUCAUCUACGACUGCACAAAGCGGAGGAACCGGGGCUAAAGGUAGCAAGAAGCACAGUGGACGGCCGCCGCGAAGCACUGUAAUAAGCCUCCAACAGCAACAGCUACUGAAGAGCCACCUUGACUCAAUCCUUGACGUGGCCGUUUUGAGGGUCCCGUAUGGAAUGACAGUCAGUGUCGAUCGCUCCGGAAUGGUCUAUGUAUUCCAGUAACUCAGGGGUUUUUUUUAGGAUGGCUAGAUAGGAGUCAGAGAUCAUAAGGUCAUCCGAAAUUACGCUUAUGUCCUUGGUGCCGUAUGAAGGCGAAUCAGAUACCCCUCGGUGUGAUAUUAGCGAUUCAUUGAAUAGACUCUUGUCUCGACGUUACUUUGCAACUAAUGAUUCAAACAUCGUCAUGAACUUAUAGCUCUUCGUCGAUAAAGUAGAAACGAUAGUCCACCGCAAAAUCACGGCAGGUCAAAGCCAGCUCAGUCGUACCGAACCUAUCACAUCCCCCCGCAGUUGCGGUGUAGGAUCUCUAUGGUAUAGAUCACAG